ACUGUCAGCCAGGGAUAUCGAACCUCUAAGAAGUCUCAAAAAUACACCAAUCACCAUAAAAUACAUUGAGACACUAGCGGAAAAUCUUUCCUUGUGAAAGCAUCCGUUGAAGGACCCAAUACAACCACCUUAUCACAUUGCCACGUUCCAAGUCCACUCAAUCCGACCGUUUGGCGGUUUCCGCUAGUCUUCUAACUGCCUCUCCUGUCAAAGCAUUGUCUAGUAUAACAUACUUUUCAAGUGCACACGAUCCCUCCAACUCUGUCCAUGUAGCUGGAAUCAUCUGACAUUGGAACUAUUCUACUAAACGUGUACAUCACCAAGCACGGACGACUUCCGUCAGGCUCUUCGUUGUUGAUCGAUAUCAAUGAGAUUUGUCGGCCGGCCGUGUGGAGAUACCUGGCAUGCUUCCGAUUGACGAAGGAUCGAUGUGAGAGCAAAGGGAGCUACAGCUGAUUCCUACCUCCGAACUCGAAGGAUUCGUGAGAGCUCCCUUGAGAGAGUGCGUAGGGCUUUUUAGAAAAAUCACCUAGUUGCAGAAUGGUGUGCUAUACCGUAACGAAGGUCGAGGGCGAUUUGGGGGCGCCAUCGACGAUGAUCUGCAGAGGGGGGAAACCCACCAGUUUUCAGUUUGGAAUUCGGAAGCAGGAGAAGGUGAGUGUGACGGCACUGAAGGUCAGCAAGGACUCGCACCGGAUAAGGAAACCCCCUCUGCCGCUCCCGCAAGUGCAGUACCGGCCUCCGAUAAUCAUCCACACGUACUCACCGAAGGUGAUCCAUACCGACCCGAAUGGCUUCAUGUCUCUAGUGCAGAAGCUCACCGGCUCCAGUGACACUCGCUUGCGCCUCAAGCGAAAACCUUCGAAGAAAAGCGCUAAAUCGAAUGGUCGUACCGAUCGCCGCAGUACGGAUUUGACAGAUAUGGACGCCAAACUUCUCGGCAAAGAAGGAUCGAAUGGAGCGUCGGAUGCCAUUUGUGCAUCGCCGUCUAGCUCUGAAGACUCUGCCAGCUUCCUGGCUCCUGACGUCUGCGGGGGUGACAUUCUCGUGAAGCAGUCUAAUUCUCCGAGAGGUCCGCUCUCAAACUACGAAUUCGACAACGAUGACAUUCUUAGGCCGUUCGAGCCGGUCACGUCCCCCGGGAUUAAUAUUUUCUCGCACGUCAAGGCAGAGCCCUCUUUCUCAUUCAACGAUAAUUCCUUCAACUUCUUCUCAGACGGCCUUAGCUCUCAGCCAACCACUGGGCCUGCAGGCACCUCGGCUGUCACACCAGCCUCGGGAAAGCCUCCAAAGCCGCCCAGGCCAUCGAGUCUUCCGAGGCCUCCGAUGCAGUCCGAGCAUGGUUCAUAUCAUGGUAUCGAUAUGAACUCCCCCUUACCGUCGCCAGGAUUUCUUUCCCCGGGGUUGUUUGCCGGACUUCCUGAACUUUCCCCCGGCACCGCAGCCUGGUCCCAGGCUUUCCUUGAUUGUCUCAAUAACUCCCCUCAGCUUGCCAACCAGCCACCUCUACAACGGCAACGAACCCCCUCAAGUGGGUACUCGCCGUCAGCUGAAGGAAACACGGUCUCGCUUGAAAAUAUUCACUCGUUCUUUCUCACAUGACAAACUCGCCGGGUUUGUCUUCGGCAACGAGGGAUGCAUUUGUAGCUCUUCAUUUUUCUGUUCAGGAGACAUGUCAACCAGUGGAAGGAACCAACCGGUAUCUGAUGAAGCUGGUCUUGGUCGAGCUUUGGCUGAAGUGAAUAAUUUGAGGAAGGAAACGAAUCAUUCCCUGGCAGGUAGCUGCGGAGUUCCGAAGAGUCUGCUCAUUGAGAAAUGAGCAAGUAGCAUUGAGAGUGUAAAUUCGGCAGGCAACAGAAUCAACCCUCGACAAAAGUCCUCUGAAGGAUCGCGGAUUGCAUCGUCGCGGCAUUCAGGUCUGUAACUGUUACCUUCACAGCAUCGAAGAAUAUCGUAGCGAUAGAAUCAACCAAUAGUGAGGCGGCACUGACAUGAGUUGUAGAUAGACUGAUCGACCCCAGUUGCUAGCUAGCUCUGAGUCGAGAGACGGAUGCGCAAUACUAGUUGCAGGUUUGGCGAGCGAGAAGAACACGGUGGCCUCAGUAGUUCAGUUCCCUCCACUUCUCUGAGAACUUGUACCAUAAAUGACAUGCCAACAUGUCAUGUCUCUUAAAAGCUGUAGCAUGCGACAUGCUAUCUGACACAUGGGUUUGGAGCGUGUCAGGCCCAUGAUCCAUGUCCCCCUAGUCACACAUUGACAAGUUUGUGUAAGCUGUCCCCUUGGUGUAGUCUAUUGUUGCAGCGUUGGCGUUUUUGGAUUGAGACGUUUGCAUCUUCUGCGGCAUGGCUGGUUAGAAGUCCAACCUGCGGAGCAUUUAAACUUUGUACCUUAUUCUCACUACCCUCGUUAACUAAUUUCGCUUAACAGCCGAAUGAGUUGCACUUGAGGGAUGAGCAUACUUGGUUUCAGCUUCCAAUACAAUUUUUUGUCAUGGUUAAACACUC